GUUCCAGAGAUGACAUAUCUCCUGGUGCUGACAAACAUGAAACCUUUCAGUUACAGACUAAAACCUGCUCUGAUCUUGACACAGAGAAGAAAACAUCCCUUGCGUUUAAACAUGUUCCCGAAUUCUCCGGUAACGAAGGCAGCCUGCCGGACAGCUCACGGGCAGAAAGUGUACCGGCUAGCCAGGAAAACCUGUGCUGGGUUGGACCUGCCCCUGAGGAGAGAAAACCCCGAGCCUCCAGAAGCUUGAUGAAGCUGAGGAGGCGGACAAAGGCUCUGGUAUUGGAGGAAGGGGAAUCGGUGAGUGAUGUGCAUCUAGUCAACGCCGAUGAAACGGGGAAAAGUCAACUCGCCAGCGCAGAGGAACUUCAGUCGCCGGUCUUCAGGCGAAGCAGCCCCUCCAACCCUGAGGAAAGUGCCCAAGGAGUGUCCAGCCCAGCGCUUGUGCGGAGACAAGGAAACAGUUCCGCUCCUCCCGACGCAGCGUUAGGAGUCGUCCGAGACACGCCCGGAGCCAGCGCCCCUCCGGGAGCGCCCGCGCUGCUCCCGUGGGCGCGGGGGGACAGCAGCCAUGGUGGGCAGCCGGGGUCCCCGCGUGCUGUGGCCGCAGCUGGUGACCGUGAGCCUGCACGGCCGCGUGCAGAGAACGGCGACUCUGCUGUGCCUGGCGCCAGCGGUGAUGGAGGAGAAGAACCCUCCGGUGUAAAGAAACCGAGGGACGGUGAGAGCUUGUGUGAGGCUCGGGGGGAAUCACCUGGGCUUCUGGGUUUGGCCUCAGAAAGUGAAGUACUGCCUGCAGACGGGAACAGCGCUGUAACUAGUGAGAGCAAAAGCCACGCAGGAAAUCAAAGUGACUCUACCAGCUUAAACCCCUUUCCUGCAGAUCUUGCUCUGGGCAAUGCUGAACAACGGUUGGAGAACCAACAGCUCGACGUUCAGCCAGGACUUUCUCAUCCAGAAGAGGCGGCAGCUCCUGAAAGCGCCCUGAACUCUUGCACGGUGGUUGAGGGGCUUCUCUUUCCGGUUGAGUACUAUGUCAGGACAACUCGCCGUAUGGCGAAUUGCCAGAGGAAAGUCGACCUUGACGCUGUCAUUCUCAGCCAGCUGGGCAGAAGCAAGAGAGGGCAGCGAAGCAGGCGCAAGCAGAAAGCUGCAAAUUCAGAUCGGCCCUCCCAAGAAAGAGCUGAAAAUGAUUUGGAGUCAGGGGACGUGCCCUUCCCUUUUCUGGGUGCAGAAAACGAUCCAGCAAAUUCAGGCAGUCCUCAGAAAUCUCUUCCUGCGUCCAGCAGCAGCAGCACUUCACCCGGGUCGAUUUCUCAAAGCAGUAUCCCUGGCACAAAGGCGGAUCAGAGGCGAUCACAGAGGAAACAAAAGGGGAGAAGAAAGCCGACCUGCAGACCCCCCGUGCAUCAAGUGUCCCAGGAACUGCUCGAGAGCCUGGAUCUGAUAACCCCGAGGGAAAGCAGGAGUCUGCUGCCAAGUGAGUGUCGGAGUGAAAAGGAAAACUGUGAGGCUGCUCUUGAAAAAUCACCUUCAGGUGAGAGAAGGUUGGCUGCUGCUGCUGCAGCGCUUGGGUCUGGAGAGACAGAGCCAGCGGGUGCUGAUCCUCCUCCCGGCACAUGCUGUGAGCCUCUGUUAGGGCAGGUUCAAAACCCGCCUCAGAACAGCGAUUCUCUGAACCCGGGGAGGGAAACUCUUGCCGGCCAUAUGGGAUGUCUGGAAGCCCACCUACCUGUGUGCCAGGCCGGUGAAGGCCCGGCGGAGCGCGCUCAGACUCGGCACGUGCGAGGAGCCGGCAGGGCUGAGCAGCUCCCGGCCAUCGACGUCCCUCCGCGCCGCUCCCCGCGUUCUUCUGUGCGACAGAGGGCCGGCCGGGUCCCAAAAGAUGAGCGCGACAGAGGACGCAGCUGUCCGAUGGGCUCCGAGCGUCCUGCUCCUCUCGGCCUCGCUCCUGUGGACCCCGAUACUUGCGGCUCGCUCUCCUCCUUCCGCAGUCUCCAGGGGCUGGCCUCCACGCUGGGUGUCCGAGACUUUCACCUGCCAGAUGAGGAAUUUGGACUGCUGAAACUCGAGAAAUUAGGAUCUUCCCCCGUGAAUGACUUGGAGAUUUUUGCUCCUAGUGUGUUAGGAGAUGGCGUGGCUUCAGAGGGCGCGCGAGACGCACAGAUGAACCCAGAAGAAAGAAGUCUCACAAGUAAUUUGAUUUCACCUGUCAAAAACGGAUCGCCCAAGUCACCUCACGUAGAAAGCCCAGCUUCCAGGAAGGACCUUUCCACCCAUGAAUUGCUGUUUACUCCCAUGGGGACUGUCUUGGCUGGGGCUGCCACUCAGCCCGAGUCUGAGAUUUGCUCGUUCCCUGUCGUGGGGGCAACCCCAGCCGUUUUGCCAGCAGGACGCAGUGAGGGCUUCCCCAAUUCGCCUUCUGCACACCCCGUGCGAGCAAGCCCCCCUUCCUCCAGAGGAGCCUCUGCCCAGGUCGGGGCUGAGGGGGGACGCGAAGGCUCUGCCGACCCCCUGCGCUUGGGCAGCUGCGGCGCGGGAGCUGCUAGAAAAGAGGAGGAACGAGGUGUGACGUUUCCUUCAGAAGCUGAAGGGGAUCCCGACAGCAAAUCUGAGGAGGCUGCGACCUUGGAGAAGCGUCAGCAGUCAGAGAGCAACCAGCAGAGAUCCUGCAGAGCUGCUCCUGAACAGAAAAAAGAUGUAGCGGAACAGUUGACUCCGGAGCUUCUCGAUGGCCUGAGAGAAGAGAACUUGGAGCUUGUGUCGAAGCUAAAGGAUCCUUCAAGCUCCUGCGCCGUGGACGUGAGCACCGUGUGGUGGGGAGCCGCUGGCCGCAGGGAGCUGCGCGUGGUGACGGCCUGCGAGAGCUCGGUCUCCCUGUGGGAGCCUCUGGCACCCGACCGCUGGGGCAAGGUCCAUACUUGGCAGCUCGGAGAGGUUCCUGUAAUACAGAUCGUUCCUCUGCCGGACACCUGUAAUCUCGUGUGUAUAGCGCUGGGAGACUUGGAGAUUGGAGAAAUAAGGCUCUUGCUUUAUUCCUCUGAGAAUGACUCAUUCAAGCAAUCAGUGGUAAAAACUGGAAAUAUAAAAGCUGUUCUUGGGCUGAAGGACAGGAGGCUGGUCAGCAGCAGCAGGACCGUGCAGGAGCAGCACGUGGAGAUGGUGUCGCUGUCGGAGACAGGCCGGGCCAAGGACGGACAGACGUUGAUGCCCCCUGAGGAAACCGUGACAGCUUUUGCCGAAGUAGAAGGAAUGAGGGACGCCUUGGUCGGCACCACGGCGGUGAACAGCGUUGCCGUUUGGAAUCUGACAACAGGCCAGCUCCUGAAGAAGAUGCACGUCGGUUAUUCCUACCCAGCUUCCAUCUGCCACCGAGCGUAUUCCGACUCGGGGCUUCUGUUUGUUGUUUUAAGCCACCCCCAUGCCAAAGAGAGCGAGUCCUGUGGAAACCCCGCGUUCCGCGUGAUUGCGUUCAACCCCAAGACAGCCAGGAGCAGGGGGGUGGUGGUCUCCUCCCUCCCACCCGGGCAGGCUGGAAG